GACUACGACAAGAUGUAGUAUUUUCACAAAGCAAGCUUCAUGAAUAUCAAUUGUUCUUUAUAUUUAGCGCAUAAUAUAAGGCAACGCUGCAGAGAGGAAUGAAUCUUGCAGAAAACGAAGUUGAUAGGCGAAAAGCAAUUGCUAUAGUUUAAGCACGUUUGAGCACGAAAACCUACACAUGGAGCGUCGUUUCUGCGUUCUUCUGGCCUUCUUCCUCGUCACCUUAAUUUUGGUAGAAGGCUUUGUACGGCGAGGCAAAGGAGGAUGCUCAAAGAAACCAAAAGGCGGAAAUUGCGCAGCACAGAACAAAACUUGGUAUUAUGAUCCCAAAACCAAAACUUGCAGAGCGGAAUUACUAGGAGUCUGUCCUGGGGCAAAGAUGCGAAACAGUUAUCCUACAUGCGAAGAAUGCCUGAGGAACUGCAGACGUGACUACAGUUACAGUGUAUUUGCCCAAGUUUACACAUCAUAUGAAGAACAUGCCAAAGAAUGGCAAUGCAAAUACGUAAACAAGACAUGCCGGCUAUUACCUGCUGGUGCAGGGGAAAACGACCCAGAACUUCAGAACUGUGUACUCUGUCUGAAAAGUUGCGGAGAUUUUGCACCAUUUACUACUCCUGACGUGUAUCGACGGAUCUGUCUCGGAUGGGCUUUUUUAUGGAUCUACUGACAGCAUGUUCAAAAUACAUUUGAAGAGGUGCUCUUUACUGCUAUUUCUCAUCUCAAAACUACAAUAAAACUGUAAAAAUACAACUCAUCCU